CUGUUUGGUCCGGUUCAUAUAAUAAGUGUCAGUACUUCGUUGUUAUUAUACGUGUGCGCUUGUGUGUGUUGGUCAAGUCAGUGUUGGUUGUUGGGCGUUUCGAGAACUCGAAUGGAAUGUAUUUAGGCACAGUAUCUGGACAAGCAUGAGCGGAGAUAAAGCUGAAACAGAAGAAACCAUAGCUGAAGAACAAAAAGAAGAAGAACAGACGCACACAGAAGCAAAUGGACGAAUUACUGAUAAUACUGAAAAGUCUAAUUAUGUUCAGAAUAUAAUCCAUUCAGAACUAUCAUUGAACAACAAAGUGAUGAGAGACGAUAUGCUGUUGCCAGAUUCAAAAACUGUGGCAAAAUUUUCACCGAUAUGGAAACAGUGUCUUGCAUCAUUUGCAACCAUUCUGCUGACUUUUACUUCCGGUCUAACUUCGGGCUACUCAGCAAUCCUACUGCCGCAGCUGAGAGAUACUGGAAGCAGUAUACCAUCAGAUGAAAGCACAGCGUCGUGGAUUGCGGCAAUGGCAGCACUUCCAAUGGCACCUGGAUGCCUCAUCGCCGGUUGGCUCAUGGAGAAAUUUGGCAGAAGAAACUCCCACUACAUGAUAUGUGCACCAUUCCUUUUGGGAUGGCUACUCAUUGCCUGCGCCAAUAAUCUAGCUCUUAUGCUCCUCGGAAGAUUUUUUACAGGCCUCUGCGUUGGAUUACUUGGCCCAUUAGGACCAGUAUUCAUCAGUGAAACAACAGAUCCAAAAUACAGAGGCAUUUUCCUUGCAGGGAUAUCUUUAGCCAUAGCUGUUGGUAUUCUUGUGGCACAUGUUAUUGGCACUUUUGUUCACUGGCAAUGGACCGCAAUGAUUUGUUGCGUGUUCCCAGUUAUAUCAAUUAUGCUACUAACAAUAAUACCAGAAAGCCCUACUUGGCUGAUAUCAAAAGGCCAAACUGAAGAUGGUAUUAAGGCUUUUGGUUGGCUUAGAGGCUAUAGUGACGAGGCCAAAGCAGAACUGAAAGGAAUUCUGGACAGUAAGAAAGCUGAAGAAAACAAACCAGUGAUGACUUUAGGGCAACAACUUGCAAAUUUAAAGAGCCCUGAACUAUUGAAACCUUUAAUGAUAAUGAUUAUAUUCUUUGUUACUUGUCAAUUUUCUGGUGUUAACGCAAUUGCCUUUUAUUCUAUAGAAAUAAUUGAAAAGGCUGUAGGGAAAGGUUUAGAUCAUUAUUUAGCUAUGAUUGUAAUAGACUCAUUGAGGACUGUGAUGUCCGUUGUAGCUUGUGUUAUCUGCAAGAAAUACGGUCGUAGGCCUUUGUGUAUGAUAAGCGGAAUUUUCACAGCAGUGUCAAUGGUUGGCUUGUCAAUGUACUUGUAUUGGACAGAAGGCACCCAGACCAAUAUGACAUGGCUGCCAUUGACAUGUCUGAUGACGUAUAUAUGCGCUAUUUCUAUAGGCUUAGUGCCAUUGCCUUGGAUGAUGUGUGGCGAACUAUUUCCAACCAAAGUUCGAGGUUUAGGUUCUGGUAUAAGUUCAGCUACUACUUUUGUAGCUUUCUUUGUAGUUGUUAAGACCGCCCCUGGCAUGAUGUCCAAUUUGGGUGAAGUAACUACGUUCCUAACAUACGGCUUGGUAGCACUAAUUGGCACUUGUGUACUAUAUUUCAUUUUGCCUGAAACUAAGGGCAAAAGCUUACAAGAGAUCGAGGAAAAAUUCAAAAAACCCAAACAGAGUAUAGCAUAAUUAAUUUAGCUAAUACGUUAACAAGAACCAAUUAUAGUGUUUAUCUGUGAUAUUUAAAUAUUUAGAAAAAUAUAUUAUUAAAUAAUUAUUUUAAUUUAAA